AUGUCGAGUGCAGUGGACGCGACGGGUAAUCCGAUCCCUACUUCCGCGGUGUUGACUGCUUCCGCGAAGCAUAUAGGUUUAAGAUGUAUGCCAGAGAACGUUGCGUUCCUCAAAUGCAAGAAGAAUGAUCCUAACCCCGAGAAAUGUCUCGACAAGGGUCGUGACGUCACUCGCUGCGUGCUUGGCUUGUUGAAGGAUCUUCACCAGAAGUGUCAGAAGGAGAUGGAUGACUAUGUUGGGUGUAUGUAUUACUACACGAAUGAGUUUGAUCUGUGUAGGAAAGAGCAAGAAGCCUUCGAGAAAGUGUGUCCCUUGAAGACAGAAGUACAGAACAUUGUCAAUCUUUGCCACACAGACAAUUGUCAUGGCAGAUGGUGCCUGAGACUAAAGGGAAGACAAGACUCGAACUUGUUCCUGUGGUGAGGUCAAGGUGGAGUUUAGUAAAAUACUAAGGAUUUUAUUUUUGUUUUGAGCUUACAUAGUUUUAUUUAUUUUUUGUUCAUCAUUGUUAAAUGUUCUCAUCAAGAAAUUAAUGUGAAGUUGAGUAGAGUUUGAUACGUUUAUAACUUUGUAUAUUUGUCACAAGCCCUAUAUUUUGUUAUUCUGGCCAUCAUGAACUGACA